AUGGCUUGCCAGCGCAAGGUCGGCGGUGGCGUCGAGGACGAGCAGCGGUGGCAUCAAGCAAAGGUCGGCGGUGGCGUCGGCGCAAGCCUGAUCCUCUUCAUCCCAGACACUUCUGUCAAUGCACAGACUUAUCUUCAAGAGGGGAGCUCUAAUAAGGGCAAUUACACUGCUUUUAGCAAGUUCCAAAACAACCUCUACAGCCUCCUCAACAGAUCCCAACCAGUUCCUCUCGGUUGUAGGGGAAACUUUCAGGAAAGUGAUGGACUCGGCAAUCUCCUCAGAAAGCUUAUUCGCAACCAUCAAUGCACUCCUGUGAGUGCACAGACAUACCUUCAAGAGCGGUGCGGAGAUAGGGGCAACUACGCUGCACAUAGCAAGUUUCAAGUCAACCUCAGCCGCCUCCUUUCCAGGGGGCUUUACAACGAAGGACCCAUUUACGGUUUCUACAACACGACGGAAGGUGAAGAUCCCGACAAAGUUUAUGGUCUCUUCUUCCUCUGCAGAGGGGAUGUUGCUGCCAAUCUCUGUCCGUCUUGCAUCCGCGCAGCUUGCAGCACCAUCAUAGAAAGAUGUCCAGGACAGAAAGAGGCGAUCAUAUGGUACGACGAGUGUCUCGUGCGCUACACUAACAGAUCAUUCUUCUCUAGCAUGGAGACAACACCAGUUAUUUUCAUUGCCAAACCUGCGGACGUUUCAGUUACCUUCAACUGGAUUGUGGAGCAAACUUUCGAUAAGGAGAAGGACUUUGAGGUGGAAGUGUCGGAUUUGGCGAGGAAUGUCACGGACUUGGCGAUCUCCUCGGAAAGCUUAUAUGCGACGAUAAACCUUAAUGUCUCAAGUUCAGUGACCCUGCAUGAGCUUGUGCAGUGCACCCCCGACAUAUCAAAGUUAGAUUGUAAGAGUUGCUUGCUUUCUGCCAUCAAAGAGUUUCCUACCGUUCUUAAUUAUAAAAGGGGAGGUGGGAGAAUUUUUCAGCCAAGUUGUAAUCUGCGGUACAAAAUGUAUCGUUCUGAUCAGGUACCAACUAACAAAACCCGCACUGAGUCCGGCAGUAAAGAAAAGGAAAACAGCCAAGAGGUUCUGUUACUUCACCUGAGACAAGAAAUUGGAGAAGAGUUUUCAAAGGAAAACUCUCGUGGAGAAAAGCCAGUGGCUUGUCAACAAUUAUCUCUAAUGCGGUUAGACAUCAUACGCACGAACACAGGAAACUUCUCCAAUGAAUGUAAACUUGGGGAAGGCGGGUUUGCCCCUGUGUACAAGGGCACAUUGGCAGAUGGAAAAGAAAUUGCAGUUAAGAGGUUUUCGAGAACCUCAGGCCAAGGACUCAUCGAGUUGAAGAACGAAAUCAUCUUGAUUGCCAGACUACAACACAGGAACCUCGUCCGAUUUGGAUAUAUGGCACCAGAAUAUGCGAUGGAAGGACUCUUUUCUGUGAAAUCAGAUGUCUUUAGUUUUGGAGUUCUCUUGCUAGAGAUAGUAAGCGGGCACAAGAAUAAUGGUUUUCAUCUUCAAGAGGAGGGUGAAAGCCUUCUCACUUUUGCAUGGAAGUUGUGGUCCGAAGGUCGAGUGUUGGAACUUAUCGAUCAGUUGAUCAAUGAGUCAUGUAAUGAAAUUGAAGUGCGGAAAUGUGUACAUGUUGGUCUAUUGUGCAUUCAAGAAGACCCGGCGGAUCGACCGACUAUGUCACUCAUGGUUCAUAAUUUAGGAGGCGAUACUAUAACACUCAGCCAACCAUCGCAGCCUGCAUUCUCAGUUGGGAGAGAUGCGAAGAAACUUGAUCGUGUCAUGCCCACUCAAGGAGCCUCAACUAUUAAUGGAGUAACCCUUUCGGGUGUUGUGGCUAGGUGA